AACUAAGAAGAUCUGUAGCUCGUUUCUGUAACUGUUCUCUACCGAUUAUUUCUCUACUGAUAGAGAAUGGGACGUCAAAUUGACGCCAUUCUCUACUAUUGUGUUUCUGUAAGUGUGGGAAGUAGAGUUUUGAAUUCUCUACUAGUAGAGAUAUUGUCAACUGCUCUUUAGCAAGUGAGAACUGACAAAACGAGUUGAGAAUGAAUACGAAAAGGUUAACAGCGCGCGUAACGCAAAUUCAAAAAAAAAAACAACUAGUCGAGCAUAUGCGGCAAAACCGUACGCUGGCUUGUGGGCAGUUCUCUGGCCCGGAUAGCUCCAAGAGAAAUAAGGAAAAGUGGGAAGAAGUUGCUGCGGAUUUAAAUGCUGUCGGGGGAGCCAAUAAAAGUGCUGAGCAGUGGAAAAGAUGUUGGAUUGAUUGGAAGGCGUCCAUAAAGCAAACAUUUUCCGCAAUCAAAAGGUUUCAAAACCAGACGGGAAACCUUCCAAGCUGUUCAGGACCAAAGCCAUUAGAUAGUUUGGAAGAAGAAGUGGUUAACUUCAUUUUGGUAUAGGAUGUUGUUGAU